GCUCCGCCCCCCGCCGCCGCCGCCGCCGCCUCGCCGGCCAUGAGGCCCACCCGGCUCCCCAGCGCGGCCCUGUGGCGCGGCUGCUGAACCUCCGCCACCACCAUCGCCCUCUCCGCCGUCCCCUCCCCGCCCGGGCGGGGACCCCCUCUGCGCUCCCCUCCCUCCACACAGCCGCCGCCAUGUUGGGCCGGGAGCCGCAGCGGGGCCGCCACUGAGCCCCGGAGCCUGCGAGGCGGAGGAGGAGGCGGAGGAGGAGGCGGAGGAGGAGCCCGGGGCCUGGCCGCCCCGCACAGCCCAGCCGGCCGGCCGCCCCGCCGCAGCCAUGGCGGAGCAGACCUACUCCUGAAUGAUACUUCUGCAUUUGUGAACAGCAGUGUAUUCUUCCUCUGCAAAUGAAGUGCUGGACCCAUGAAAUGGGCAUAUUCCCUUGUGGAUUCCAGUCAAGUGUCUACCUUCCUGAUUUCUAUUCUUCUCAUAGUCUACGGCAGUUUCAGGUCUCUUAAUAUGGACUUUGAGAAUCAAGACAAAGAGAAAGACAAUAGCAGCACAGCCGGGUCUUUUAAUGGGAACAGCACCAAUAACAGUAAGGGUAUUCAAACCAUCGAUUCCACCCAGGCCUUGUUCCUGCCCAUCGGAGCGUCUGUGUCUCUCCUAGUUAUGUUCUUCUUCUUUGAUUCAGUUCAAGUUGUCUUUACAAUAUGCACAGCAGUCCUUGCAACAAUAGCUUUUGCUUUCCUUCUGCUCCCAAUGUGCCAGUACUUAACACGGCCUUGUUCACCUCAAAACAAGAUCUCCUUUGGCUGCUGCGGGCGUUUCACUGCCGCCGAGUUGCUCUCGUUUUCUCUGUCUGUGAUGCUGGUCCUUAUCUGGGUCCUAACUGGCCACUGGCUCCUUAUGGAUGCUCUGGCCAUGGGCCUGUGUGUUGCAAUGAUAGCCUUUGUUCGGCUGCCGAGCCUGAAGGUUUCCUGCCUGCUGCUCUCUGGGUUACUAAUUUAUGACGUCUUUUGGGUCUUUUUUUCUGCCUACAUCUUCAACAGCAAUGUGAUGGUGAAGGUGGCCACACAACCAGCUGAUAACCCCCUUGAUGUUUUAUCCCGGAAGCUCCACCUGGGACCAAAUGUGGGCAGAGACGUUCCCCGUCUGUCACUGCCUGGCAAACUUGUAUUUCCAAGUUCCACAGGCAGCCACUUCUCUAUGCUGGGCAUCGGUGACAUUGUGAUGCCAGGGCUGCUGCUCUGCUUCGUCCUGCGCUACGACAACUACAAGAAGCAAUCAAGCAGCGAGUCCUGCGGCGCGCCGGGCCCAGGGAACAUCUCUGGGCGCAUGCAGAAGGUCUCCUACUUCCACUGCACACUUAUUGGGUAUUUUGUAGGUCUAUUAACUGCAACAGUAGCCUCUCGCAUUCACCGGGCUGCCCAGCCCGCCCUGCUCUAUCUGGUGCCCUUCACCCUGCUGCCACUGCUCACCAUGGCCUACCUAAAGGGCGAUCUACGUCGCAUGUGGUCUGAGCCUUUCCACUCCAAGUCCGGCAGCUCCCGUUUCCUGGAAGUAUGAUGGAACAGAUAGGAAGUGACCUGAACUUCUGCCUUGGUCCUUUUCACUUUAACUCGUGGCGUUGUCGUCUCCUGGACUGGCUGGUGCUUGGGAAGGUACCGACUGCAGGACUUGUCCGAAAGGACUUUGUGUUCAAAGGAGGAAAAGGAAGAAGCAGCUGAGGUCCUGGAGCUCCGUGUGACUCCGUUAUCUCCCUGCAGAUGCGGAACUGGGGACCCUUUGUGCAACUGCAGCCACUUUCCUCUUUUCCUCACUCGGAUGGAUUAGUACCAGACUAUUACCUUUGUGAGAGAGGAAGAGACAGACUUGAAACUGAAAACGGCCUGAAGCCGUUCAAAAACUCGUGAACACUAAAAGGAAAAAGGGUCAAGCAAACUGAAGCUUCUUCAGAGAACCCCUCGUGGACAUUGGGACCAGUUUCCUGCUGGACUUCAGUUUGGAAAGAACUGAGACAGAAGGUUUUCUGUCACAACAUUGGGGUUUUUUUUGAGUUAUUAAAUAUUUCCUGUGGUGUGAGGUUGCUUAUUAAAUCCACAGACAUUGAGUGACUUCUUGCAGUAUACAUAUAAAAAUUUGUUGUAACAAGUUACAUUUCCACCCAGAUGUCAUGUUGCAGUGAAAAAGGGCACGAUUUUUAUACAUAUAUAUAUACACACAUAUAGAUAUAUAUAUGAAUAAAUAAAAAGGAAAACCUGCUCAGACCAGGCCGUGUAGCAGACAGGGGCUUGCUGUAAUUUUUAGCAUGUAGAGCAGUUGCCGAUGGCUUUUCUUGUCUAUGGAUCUACAAUGAGCUGCUGGGUUUUUUUUCCCCCCCUCCCCUCCUACAACUGAACCUGCAGUUUAAAGACAAGUGUCGUGUUUGUACUGAUUGUACUCAUGGACUUCAGGGGAUAUUUGAUUUCGAUCAAUGUAGCAAACUAGGGAAGAAGAGAGUUCAAAGCCAACCCUGGUCACGGGGGGAGGGAGGAGGGCUUUUGUUUCUUUUGUUAAUUUACUUUUUUACAGACAGCCCCUCUGCAGGUUUUUAGUAGUUCUCCCUGACCCAGUGCAUGUAUUAUAGCAGCGAUUGUCUUUGUGCUUUCUGAUCAUGUUGAUGUAUCACUUGUAAAUACAUUUUUUUUCUAUUUUCUA